CCGGCUGAUGCUCGUGUCCGUCCUCGGAGUGCGCAGCGGAGUGCACGAGUCAAGCAGCGACGGUCAGCUCGGUCACACUUGUCUCCACAAGCAGGGACAAUGACAGGGAACCACUGGGGAUAUGGAAAGGAGGACGGUCCCUCUGUAUGGCACAACAACUACCCUGUGGCCCAGGGCAAGCGGCAGUCUCCCAUCGACAUCAUACCCCAGCAGGCUUCACAUGACCCCAGUCUGGGCCCGAUCAUCCUCAACUAUGAUCAGUGUACCUCCACCAACAUCUCCAAUAACGGACACUCUGUGGUUGUGGAGUUCGACGACUCGGAUGACCGUUCAGUGAUCCAGGGGGGCCCUCUCGACAACCCCUACAGACUGAAACAGUUUCAUUUCCACUGGGGCGGAAAGGGCUGCCACGGCUCUGAGCACACUGUAGCAGGAAAUAGCUACGCUUCUGAGCUUCAUUUAGUUCACUGGAACGCUGUGAAGUACAGGACGUUUGGUGAAGCGGCAGCAGCUCCCGACGGCCUCGCUGUCCUCGGCAUCUUCCUAGAGACAGGUGACGACCACAGAUGGCUCCACACGAUAACAGACGCUCUGUACAUGGUGAAGUUUAAGGGCAGCGUCACCGAUUUCAAACGUUUCAACCCCAAGUGCCUGUUACCCAGCAGCCUCCAGUACUGGACCUACCUGGGCUCACUGACCACGCCCCCUCUACACGAGAGCGUCACCUGGAUCGUCCUGAAGGAGCCAAUCAUCGUGUCUGAUAAACAGAUGGGCAAGUUUCGAUUGCUCCUGUUCUCUGGAGAGGAAGAGGAUCAGAGGAAACGCAUGGAAAACAACUUCAGGCCUCCCCAGCCUCUCCAGGGAAGGAAAGUGCGCUCCUCUAAUUAACGGGACCGAAACUAAAGCUCUUCUAGAUGACAGUGAAUGCAUUAAUUUGAGUGUACUUGUAUUUUACCUCAUGGUAGCUUGUCCUGAGGAGGAAGUUUGAUAUGUACAGAAUAAGUUCAAGGAGCAAUUCUCACCACUGCCAGCACAUUCAGAUGCAGAGUAGGAAGCAUAGAAGGAGCUCAUGGAAAUGGAAAAGCACAUCAGCGAUUAGCUAAAAUCGUGUUAUUUGAUUACUAUUAUUGCUAUGUGCUGUUUAGUGAUUGUUAUCCUGAGCGAUACUGAAGAUUCAAAGGUGUGUUUUUAUCUCCGUAGACUGUUCAAGGACAAGAGUUGCUGAGGCAACAAGGUGCUAUCCAUCAGCUAACAUAAUCCUGUAACAUGCAGUUCUAUGCAACAGGCAAAUUCAUUCAGCAGUACAGUGGGCUGUUUGCAGGCUGGUAUCUCACCACCGUGCCCUCUGCAGAUUCACGUCCUCGGCUUCCUUGCUGAUCCACAGUGAUCCCCCGUUGAUCCAGCCUAUCGCUGGUGGAUUCUCAGUCCUCUUGGCCCCAGAGCCCUUCCAGUCCAGCAAUGCCAACUGGAGGUGGGAUUGGAUUAGAGCUGCAUUUGCUCUAACCAUGAGGAGGAGGAGGAGGGUUGGGUGGCGUGAAAGGCUCAGAUCCUUUAGAACUCAGACUUCAGAUCCCCCCCUGCCCCCCAGCAGGGAGAUUUAUUAUUUUUAGGCUGGUCUUCAGGUUCAACAAAAACUGCGUCCACACAUUAUUUCCCAUACAGGAUUUAUUAAACACCAGCAGCAAUAACGAGCGCAGGUUUUGGUUUUCUUAAUCAAAGUCUUUGUUUUCAUCAUCUUGAUUCUGAUCUGAAACUGCGUCCUGCCUGAAGUGUCCCGGGUCCUGGUCUAAUGUCUCUACAGGAGGUGAUGCACGCUGUUAUUAACAGCUCAGCCCUGAAGCUGCAUUUGUGUAAAAACAAUAUAUGCACAGUCCAGUAUGUAAAUGCCUGACAGAGGCCCCGGUGUCUCUCUUGGGUGACUUAUGGCAGCUUUGUGUAAUGCUGCUCCUUAUUUAGAUGGGCUCGGAUUUUACUAAUACAGAGGCUUGGAAGGGGAUAAACUUAUGUUGUUCCCAUACAACGAAACACGCACAUGAAUACAGACGCCUCAGAUGUGAUUGUUUGAUGUUGUUGAUGUGGAAAAAAAACAUGAAACAGAUGUAUUUUAUGGGUGGUUUGAAUAUUUUUGUAAUGCAUUCAGAAUCUUGCCAUUGCUGCCGAAUUAAAUAAUAAAUAAAAUAUUUCUAGUCUGUUUUCCCUACAC